UUCUUUGGUCAUACACACGUGGAGAGUUUAACACAUCGCUUUUUUGUAAAGCUUUGGAUCAAGUCACAAACAGUAUGUCGACUGAGGACGUGGAGCGGCUUUUGAUCCAGUUUCAGGAUGAGGAUGGAGAAGUUUUGGGUUCACCUUUUGAUGUGCCUCUGGACAUUACUGUGGACAAACUGCAACUGGUCUGCAAUGCACUGCUUCAAAAGGAGGAACCAGUCCCUUUGGCAUUUUUUGUGCGUGGGGAGGCAGAGGUGGUGUCCAGUCUGGGGUCGUGUGUGAAAACUCUUGGGGUUGAGACAGAGCAGGUCCUGCCGGUGGUCUACCAGCCUCAGGCCGUGUUCAAGGUCCGUGCUGUGGCCCGCUGUACCAGCACGUUACAGGGACACACUGAGGCUGUAAUAUCUACUGCCUUCAGCCCCACUGGCAAAUAUUUGGCCAGUGGUUCCGGUGAUACCACAGUCCGCUUCUGGGACUUGAUGACUGAGACGCCUCACCACACUGCUAGAGGACACACACAUUGGGUUUUGAGUAUUGCCUGGUCACCCGAUGGUAAAAAGCUGGCAUCAGGUUGCAAGAACAGUCAGAUUUUUCUGUGGGAUCCAGCGACGGGGACGCAGAUAGGGAAGACUCUGACAGGACACACCAAGUGGAUCACCUGGCUUUGCUGGGAACCUCUUCAUCUUAACCCGGAAUGUCGGUACCUGGUCAGCAGCUCUAAGGAUGGUUCAGUGCGUAUUUGGGACACUGUGUUAGGACGCUGUGAGAAGAUCCUGACAGGACACACUCAUUCAGUCACCUGCGUGAAGUGGGGAGGAGAUGGACUCCUCUACACUUCAUCCCAGGACAGGACUGUCAAAGUUUGGAGAGCUAAAGAUGGUGUCCAGUGCAGGACUCUGCAUGGGCAUGCCCACUGGGUGAACACCCUGGCUCUCAGCACAGACUAUGUUCUCCGUACUGGAGCCUUCGAACCUGCAACUGCAACUGUUAACCCUCAAGACCUCACAGGAUCAUUGGAAGAGCUGAAGGAGAAAGCCUUGCAGAGAUAUCAUAAAGUUAGAGGUUCAGCCCCGGAGCGCUUGGUGUCCGGCUCAGAUGAUUUCACCCUGUUUUUAUGGAACCCUGCAGAGGAUAAGAAACCUCUGGCCAGAAUGACGGGUCACAGCGCUCUGGUCAAUGAAGUGCUCUUCUCUCCAGACACCAGACUUCUUGCCUCAGCGUCAUUCGACAAGUCCAUUAAAAUCUGGGAUGGACGCACUGGAAAGUAUUUGAUGUCUCUGCGCGGCCAUGUGGCGUCUGUGUAUCAAGUGGCGUGGUCUGCAGACAGCAGGCUACUGGUCAGCGGCAGUAGCGACAGCACGCUCAAAGUUUGGGAUGUUAAGACUGGCAAACUGAACAUGGACCUGCCUGGUCACGCUGAUGAGGUGUAUGCAGUAGACUGGAGUCCUGAUGGACAAAGGGUGGCCAGUGGUGGAAAAGACAAAUGUCUUCGGAUAUGGAGGAGAUAGCCGCACCUCUGUUCCCUUUUCAAAGGCUGAGGAUUUCAGGGCCGGAUCAAGUGCGCCCCCUGACGGCUGAAGCCAGAAUGGCGAGUGGUUACCCAAUCCCCCACCACCCCCAUUUGGCUGUAUUGCGCCGUCUGUCAACAGUGGCAUUGUAUCAAGGAACUCGAGUCAUGAUGCAAAUGACCUUUACAGGAAUGAAACUCACAUGUGACACUGUGGCAGUGGUCAGCUAAAUGGGAAUGUGAAAUGCAGGUUAUGAUCACCAGAAGAUCCAUCCAUUAAUGUCUAGUAAAAAAAAAAAGUUCAGUACUGGAAAUUGUAAAAUGUGUGCACACUUCAGGGUCCAGGUAUGUACAUGUUUAUAAGGUGUACAGUGUGCUGGCCAUAUACAUGAAAGGCAAGUGAAGUAAUGUUUUUAUAAAUAAAUACUUAUCAUGUUGGAAGAAGGGCAGAAGCAGCAGAGGGACAUGCAUUUAGAU